GUCUGCUGUCUGACUGACUUCUCUCCUUGCUGCUCCCGAGGUCCUGAAAAACUAAAUUCAGGAACCGACAGAAAAACAAGAGGAUACUGAGGUAAGUUUUGGCAUCUGAUCUUCACUAGAUCUAUUAGAGAAUUUGAGUGAUUCAACUGAAUCAAGAUGCUGCUGAUCAUUGAAGCUCUUCUUCUCAUUUUAGCUGCUCUAGGACAGGAUCACAGAGCAGCUGCUGCAAGAAAGAUUUAUCCACUGGAUAUUGCACAGAAUUCAGUUGAUGAUCAAUAUGGUGGCUGUAAAGUAAAAAUGGCACAUCUGGUGAAGACAAAAUAUCUUGAGAAGGAAAUCAAUAACUCCACUGAUUUUAGAAAUGCUUGGCAAGAAGGUGAAGCUAAUGCCACAGCUCCAGAAGAUAACUUGACAAGGAAUCAUUCAAUCGCCAUUUACGUGUACACCAACCUUAAUUCUAACAUCUACCGCAAUUUUAAUAUGGCUGUUCGUAAUGGUAAGGAAAAGUACACAAACCAGGCAUUUAAAUGGUAUUCACUUCACUUUUUGUUAAGCGAUGCAAUACAGAGAUUGACUGAAGCACAGAAGAAAUGCAAGUCAACAUAUCGUGGUACUACAGUUGAAUUUUAUCAAAAUGUUACAGGCAAAAAGGUUUGUUUCGGCUCAUUUACAUCAUCCUCUCUUGAACGUAAAAUAGCACAAGAUUUUGGAAAUAAAUCUUGUUUUGAAAUCAAAACUUGUGAAGGUGCUGAUGUGAUAAAAUACUCUAAGUAUCCUGAACAGAAAGAGGUGUUGAUUCCUCCAUACGAGAAGUUUAAAGUCACUGCUGUCAAGAUGAGAAAAUAUCAUAAAAAUCUCUGGUGUGAUACUGUGUACAGGUUGGAAAGCUCUGUGAAAAGAAGUGACCUGAACUGUGCAGUGGCUUUCAAGAAACCAUCAAAGUUCCUUAAAAAUACAUCAACAUUUAACACUUCUGCAUUUUGCAGAUGCUUUUAUCGAAAGCUAAUGGCCAGUCAAGGCCAUACAAACAGUAAGUUUAUAGGCCGACCAUGUGGUUGUUUAGGACAGAAUCAGAUGCUCAUACAUGCUCGUCUCAAUCCCACUGAUGGAGAAACUCACACCGGCCAUCAUAGUGGUCAGAAACGACGCUGCUGCUGUAGAUUUUGAGCUACAGUAAGACUUCAGAAUGUAUGUUGAGUGUUUUAAGUUGACCUCCUUGCAUGAUUUCCAUAAUACAUGCUUGUUUCCAUACUCGUUCACCAUAUAGUUAUUUACUUAUUGCUUUUUAUUUACUAUUACUUUUCUAUUACUGUAAUGUUGUGUCCAGUAUUGUAUCCACAAGUAAGAUAUAGAUAUACAAAAUGUCUUCAUUGUUAGCUUUUAACAUCACCGGAUAUUGUUGUGAAGUUAUUUUUCCAUUGCCUCUGCAUUGCUAUAAUAUUUGUUGAAUUUUUGCUGGUCAGAUGAAGAUUUUUCAAUAAACUGCUAAUAAAAUGCUAAUGUUUGCUUUUAAA